UUGUUUUUGACUAGUAGGAUUAGUACAAGGACGUUCCUUGGCAAUGCCGGCCACCUCAACGUGGUGCCAAGGUCCAGUACUUCGUAUUGUCGGGGGAAGCCAAGAGCCAGCGACGUUUUUCUUGUGGAAGACCCGUUGGCCCUUAGGCUACGGCGUUGUACAGCACCGGGACCAGCCGCGUCGUGCUGGGGCAGAAAUAUAUCCAAGAAGGUCCUGGGGCAGAAAUAUAUCCAAGAAGGUCCUGGGGCACGUGUCGACGUGCUAUCAGCAGUAUCAUCUGCACCAGAUUACUGCUGA